AUUUCUUUACGGAGGGAGUACAAAAUAGGGCAUUUCAAUACAUCAUUAGGUCUAUAUGGGUAAAAGUUUCCUUCAAAGCACGUUACCUACUCAGUAGUCACUGUUACCAAGGUUUCAGAAAAUGAAGCGUGCACUUUUGCAACUUUAAUUCUACAUAUCUUCUCAUGAAUGAAGGUUAGUAAGAUUUUAUUAUCGCACGUUUAAGUUAUUCGUAAUGACUUUGUCCUGAAUGCUAUAGACCUUCACUACCUGCAUUGCCACGAAAGUUCUCAUCCGAAGUCUAUUAAUAUGUGUUCUCUACAUUAACUUGAGGGCUCAUAUCGCCAUCCUCGGAGAACUACAAAUCUUUGCAACCUAUCCUUGAAGAGAACACAAAUAUGGAGACUGGAAAACAUAUCUUGUGCAGACACCCACCAACUUAUGGCAACCUCAUCACAAUUCUUUCUAUCGAUGGUGGAGGGAUUCGAGGACUCAUUCCAGCUGUUGCUCUUGCCUUUCUAGAAUCAGAGUUGCAGAAACUUGAUGGAGCGGAAGCCCGGUUAGCAGACUACUUUGAUGUCAUUGCUGGGACCAGCACAGGGGGACUUGUGACUGCGAUGCUCACUGCACCAAAUAAGAAGAGAAGACCACUUUUUGCUGCGAAGGAUAUUCAAGCAUUUUAUAUGGACCAUGCUCCCAGAAUUUUCCCGCAGCUCAGGGGUGCAUUUGGUAGGAUAAUGAGGAUACUUCGCUCAUUGUCAGGACCUUGUUAUGAUGGCAAGUACCUUCAUGAAGUUGUGAGAAAGAAGUUAGGAAGCGCCAGGCUGCAUCAGACGUUAACAAAUGUGGUAAUACCGACUUUCGACAUCAAGCGGCUACAACCAACCAUUUUUUCGUCAUAUGAGGUUAAGAAGAAGAAGAAGAGCACAAUGGAUGCUUUGUUAUCAGAUAUUUGCAUCAGCACGUCCGCUGCUCCAACUUAUUUGCCUGCUCAUUACUUCAAGACUGAAGAUUCUCAUGGAAACACCAAGGAGUUUAAUCUUAUUGAUGGGGGAGUAGCUGCCAAUAAUCCGGCCUUAGUUGCCAUUGGAGAAGUAAGCAAGCAGAUAUUCAAGCAAGAUUCAGAUUUCUUCCCGAUAAAACCUAUGGACUAUGGCCGGUUUUUGGUCAUUUCACUUGGCACAGGCUCAUCAAAAUUUGAAGAGAAGUACGAUGCACAAAAGGCUAAAUCAUGGGGAGUGUUGGAUUGGUUACUUAGCAGUGGAUCCACACCAUUAGUAGAUAUCUUCACACGGGCAAGUGCAGAUAUGGUGGAUAUUCACAUUGCUUCUGUUUUCAAAGCCUUACAUUCUGAGCAGAACUAUCUGAGAAUUCAAGAUGAUACCCUACGGGGGACACUCUCCUCAGUUGAUGUUGCCACCAAGGAUAACUUGGAGAAACUUGUCAAUGUUGGAGAGUUGCUGCUAAAGAAACCUGUCUCACGGGCAAAUUUGGAGACUGGCCAGAUGGUGCCUACUUGUAGUGAAACGGAGGAGACCAAUGAGGAAGCUCUCAAGAGAUUUGCAAAGCUGUUGUCUGAUGAAAAGCAAAUUCGUCAAGCAAGAUCACCGAAAUGAAGUCCGAUCUCUUUUACGUCAAUGCUCUGCCAGAGAGAAAUUUUCUCUGCAUGGCAUACCCCAGUUGCCAAUUUGUUGAAGUUUCAUUGUAACAUAGUUAAAUAAAUGUGUAGUGUGGCAUACUGAUUGCUCUAGUUUGAUAAUGUUAGGCGCCGAUGGCUUUAGAUAUGUAAAUACACAUAUUUUUUAAAUAAAGUUAAUCAUUUAAUUA